GUGUCUCUUACGCCUAAACUUCUUCGCUGGUGCUUAGAGAAAUUGUUCUAGUAGCCAUCAGCCUUUACCGCGGUAACCACCUUAUCUUUGCUGCCUACCUGGUAAUAUAAAUAAAAUUCAACAUCUUUGACUCCAUCGAUCAUCUCCUCAUCUGUGACAUCCACACAGGUAGGUGACCCCUCAGUUGUUUUUUUCCUGCUGCUCUUACUCUUCUGCAGACACAGUAUAUAAUCCAGAUAAAUUAGGGAAGAGCAUCUAGGUUAGAAAAACAUUUUUUUUCCUCUGAACUUUUAAUAACAUUACAGGCCAUUUACUGCUUAAUGACUGCGACUCAAGAUCUUGAUUUUGGUUCAUUUGUUCAUCCCAAUGUCAUUAUUUUGGGGUAAAAAGUGAAAAACUUGAAGGGGCAAAGUAAAUUUGAUCAGCCAUUAUUUGGCUCUCAAUGCUGAGUGACUUUUAAAUAUCACUAAAUUAAUAUUUUACUGUCUUGUCUUCCGUGUAUAUGGUAGCCUAUACACCAAAACAGCUAAAAAAAAGUGGCUCAUUGAAUUUCUAGUUAAAUAAAACAUCAACUACAAUAACUUUGCUAAGUGUGGAGUUUACAGCUUGAAAAAAAGUAAAAGUGGUUAAAUCUAACUAAAUGUAGUUGUUGCUGUCUGUGUUUUCUCUCAUUGUCAUGCUGCCUCAUCCAUUUUUUUUUACAUUAGUUGUUGGACAGAUUUCUAUUAAUCAGAUGAGAUUAGGGUCACAUAGUGUCUGUGGAGCUGGAUAUAUUUAGCUUUAUAAUAAUGCUGUCUAUCAGAUUUUCUCAGACUUUAUCAGACACUAUCAGCCCCUUCUCUUUCCUCUUCUCUUUCCUCUAAAGAUAUGGAAUGAGUGCGGCCUGUCAUUGCAGCUCUCAUAAUAUUGCUGUAACGGUCACUGCUCUUUUUCAGUUUCAACUGUCUUUUGAGUGAUUUUCUGAUAUUUAAAAGGGCUGCUGGUGGGUUUUUUUCUCCUAAAGGGCUAAAUAUCUUGAUACAAUUUGUUUGGAAAUAUACACAUCUGAAUAAUUCAUUUUAAAAAAGAUAUCUGAAACGUGUGUGAAAGCAGCGGUACAGUCUGACUUAAACAAAUCUGCCAGUUCACCUCACUUAUUGUUAUUCAAGUUGGGGUGUUGGGCUGUUUGUCCGCAGUUCAGGGUGUCCCUGAGGACAUGUCUUUUGCAUUCCUCUAACUGGCACACCUACAGUGAAAAGGCCACUGUGUAACCGUUUGGUCAGUGGCUUCAUCACUACACUUUUAGACCCAUUUAUUUUUAGUUUUUACUUUCAGCCACUGUCAAACUUCCUUUUCCUAGAAAAGGAAGUUUAAAGAAGUAUGCUGCUGAGAGAUCAUAAGUUUAGAGAUAUAAGUUUAAAGUACCUGCUACUUUGAUGUCAGAAGUGCUCUGAAAAUAUGAGGUACAUUAGACUCUAUAAGCAGUGGUCUCAUUGAGGCGUUUAUUUGCUGGUUAAUAUGACUUAAUAUGACCCCAAAAAUAUAUGCAAAAUGUUUUAAUUAUGCAAAAUUACCUAAUUUUUAUCUUAUAUAAAUCUAAUUUUUAAAAAAAAGUUGUAUAUUUUUCACUUUCUUGUAAUGGUGGUGCUGAAGUUUGAGUUUUGUUCUGUCAGUAUGGAGGAUUCAUCCGAGCAGUCUCACUGGGUGUCCCCAACUCUGCUGAGCUCUGAUCCUCUUGCUGGUUUUCCCUCUGAGUCUGGCCUUCUGCCUCCAGGAGAGGAUGGAGAGCCUUUCUUUUCCAGCCAGGACACAGACUACACCGGUCUGCCCUCUUUCUUCUCCAACUCCAGCCACAGCCGAGCGCCAUCCUCCUACAGACACAGCUCAGGUCAGUACUCCUGCCUGCUGUCACCCAUCAUCCUCAUUAUUCCUCCACCUUCUGAAUCAUCUCAUUUUACUCAUUUUCUCCUGUUUUCUCUAUAGUUCGACAGGUGUUCACUUCACCAAGCCUCCUCAGUAACUUCCAGCUGCUGGACGGACCAGGCAGCCACACCCUGAGCUCAUCCUAUAAUCCUCCCUCCUCCACUUGGAGCAGCAGCCCCCUCACCAAGACCACACUUCACUCACACACCCCUACCUCCCUCUAUACCCCCGGUGUCACCUCCUCCUUUACCACCUCCAGAGAUGGAUACUCAUCUCCGAGCAGAGAGGGUAGGGAGAGUCCCAGGUUGCAGGAGGCCUUGAAGGCUGAGCGUCUAAGCCCACUGGGAGGAUCAGGGUCCAGCGGCAGUUUCCUGAACCUGACACCUGCUACAGGGAGUGUGUACACCUCAUCGACCCACUCCCACCCGCACAUGCUGAGCCCCUACAGCUCAUAUAUGACAGGUCCACAAGACUACAACUCUGCUAGUCUUUACUCCAACCCUGGAGCAUGGAUCAGCCCCUCAUUCUCCCCCAAGCUUCACAGUAAAAUGAGGAUUUCCACUCCAGGUAAGAACAAGAUCAGGUCUUUAAUUUAAAACAGAUCAAUUAACGCUCCUGGAAAAGAGUUUUAAGAUAGUGACUUCAAUAGAAAUAUAAUCACAAAGCUGCAACACAAAGGUACACUUUCAAAUUCUCACAAUAAAGAUGUGAGUAAAAAAAAAAAAGAGCCAAAAAGUCAAAAGCAUUAAUCCAUAGUGGAGGAGUGUGCUCAGCUCGGCUGGACAAAUGGAAAUGUCAACACUUCUGAUACUGACAGAGAUCAUGUGACAUCUGUUUAAAGCAGCUGGAUCUGUUAUAUUUAAUGUUAAACCUUGCUCAAGUUCAUUUUUGAAAGUUCAAGUUAUCAACACUGACAGACAUUCUCAGAGUGGGUAAACAAAGUCAGCUAAUGAAAGUAAAGUGCUGCACUGAUGAUAACAACUGUAUACUCUCGAUUUAUUCAGAGGCCAGAGAGUGUGUUAACUGCGGGGCCACAGCUACCCCUCUAUGGCGGCGGGAUGGUACAGGCCAUUACCUGUGUAAUGCCUGUGGACUGUAUCACAAAAUGAACGGCCAGAACAGACCUCUCAUCCGACCCAAAAAGAGACUGGUAUGACCCACUGAACACUUGUUUGGCUUUGUGAGAUGUUUGAUAAAGUAGCGUAAAAAACACAUCAGUGUUUGUUUUUAUUGUUUCAGAUUGUCAGCAAGCGGGCUGGCACACUUUGCGCCAACUGUCACACGAGCACAACAACACUGUGGAGACGCAAUGCCAAUGGAGAGCCUGUGUGUAAUGCAUGUGGCCUUUACUUUAAACUUCACAAUGUGAGUCACUCAUCUGCAUAAAACUCACUGUUUUCGUCACAUUAAACACUGAGAACAUUGUACCUUCAUUUUCAUAAACUCGUCUGUCUUUUCUCAGGUCAACCGGCCCCUCACCAUGAAGAAGGACGGCAUUCAAACACGUAACAGAAAAGUGUCCAGUAAGAACAAGAAGAGCAAGAAGGCGGCCAUGUUUGAGCCAUACUCAGAUGUGACUCAGCCGCCUUCCACCUUGGAUGGCAGUGGGGGCCCCUUUUCCCUUGGCCCUGGUACUCUCCUCACCUACAGCCACGCACCUCACCUCAUCCCAACAACAUCACCCCUGCAUCCCUCAGCCUCCCUACCCUACACACACCACCUCAACACUGGCAUGGUGCCGACACUGGUGUGAGAAACGUGCACCUGCAAGCUGUGUAUGUUUGGGAGGUAAAAUGUCUGCUUUCUUGACAGUUAUUUGUGUGAAGUUGUACAUAUGUGUUUUUGCUAUGAAUCAUGUGAAUAAGGUUAUCAUUUUAAUUUCACUGUGUUUUUAAAGGAAACACCAAAUCUGUACGUUAUUUUUAUUAUCAAGUGUGUGUUUGAUGUCAGAGAGGAAAAAAUGGUCUAAGAUGUAAAAACAAAGAUUUAAUUUGACCUCCAUCUGAGUCUUUGUUCUUCUUGCGACCAUCAUGUAAUAUUACACUUUGGUUUUCUGCUACACAGGUCUCUUUUGUAUUGGAUAAAAUAAUAUUGAAACAUUGAAACUCUCUCAAUAAAAAAAUAAAAUAAAAUGUGUGAGUUAUUUUUGCUGUAGUUUUUGGUGUCAUUUGAAUUCUCAUUUUAUCUGUUUCUGUCCAGCAGCUAACCACAGUAACACCUCCUGAGUGGUGUUAUUGUCCUCCCUUACUCAGGUAUAAUAGUCUCUUUGUAUGGGCACCUCUGCUUCAACAGUGUAGUUGUAUGUGUAUGCAAAUUCUCUAUUCUGCAGACGAAGCCAACAUUCAACUCAAGAGCAAAACUUAGCUCUGGGUUUCAUAUUUGGCACGGCCAGUUGUCAAGUUCAUUAAUUUUGAAUGUACACACACAGGGUCAUGUUUGUGUCAGUCAUUAUGUCUGAGUGGUCAUGACAGGAAUUAUUUCAUGCUUGAAAAUUCAAAUCUCAUCUUGAGUUCAAAAUGUGAAAGGCUGCAGGAAACUUGCUUAGUAAUGAUAAGGUACACUAUGUCACAUAAUGCUAUUUAUUCUUCCCAAACC